AUGCAAGACGAGAUAGACACGCAGAGCGAAGAAGAGUUCUCUUCCAAGAUGCUGCUGACCCCUAAGCUAAGUGCGCCCUCAGAUGAAGAGUAUCUCAAGGCAAUUGUUUUGUCUCGGCUCAUAAAACAUAUUUUCUGCGCGUCUGGGCUAAGCAAAAUAAAACUUCCCAAGGAGGCACAGAGCCCCUUUAAAGAUCACAUCCACGUUAAGAAUGUGAAGAUUAUGACAAAGUCCAAGGAGCGAAUAGGCGCGUGGGUUGUGUACAAUAAAGAGAAAGACGUGGCGGGGUGGAGCCUGGUGCUGCAUGGGAACUCCACAAACAGAAACACGUUUUCGCAGCUGUACGAGGUCGAAAACCUGCUGAACGAGGGCAUUGGCGCUCUGAUCAUAGACUAUCGAGGGUUUGGCGACUCUGAGGGGCUUCCCAGCCGAAGUGCUUUCAUUGAGGACGUGUCCGCUGGCGUGAACUACUUCCGGAAGAAAAACAUUAUGUCCAUAUCGAUAAUCUCGUACUCUUUGGGAACUGCCAUAGCGCUUGAGUACCUGAUGAGGUACACGGGCAAAAAGAUGCCUGUUAACAUAGAAAAGCUUGUUCUUGUCAGCCCGUUCAGCUCCACCAUCUCCUUGCUGAGGGAGUACAAGCUGUGGAAUUUUAUCGAGAUGGUUCUCCCAAACAGCUCCACGUAUGCCAUGCACGGGCUGGGAUACAACUCUCUCCAAAACAUACAGAAAGUGCGCAUGCGCAUUCUUAUCAUACACGGAGCAGCAGACUGGCUCAUACCGUGCACGCAUGGGGAAAUUCUGGCCAAAAACAGCAAUGCCACUUUUCUGAAGCUGGAAAACGAGACCCACAGCACCGUGUUUAAAAAUCCGCUGACGUGGAGGACAAUAGCAAAAUUUGUUGAAAACCCCCCCAGCAGCGAGACACCCUCUGCAUAG